AUGAAUAAAAGUAAAUUUAACUUGCUCGCUGCAGCAAAUUUGCACAUCAAAGGUUCGGAAUCGCCUGGGAACAUCUCUUCCAAGAAAGUGAAUACCUUGCCCACAGACAGUAGGGAACCAAUUAAAUCCACGACUGCUGAUAUGGACUUUCCUAACGUAUCAACAAACGAGCUUGGUGUGACAUCCAAGAACAUAGUAGUUGGUCCAACUCAUACAGAUGACUCAGAGAAAACCUUUCUGGGCGAAAAUAAUUCACAUCAUAAGGCAAAUGAAAAAAUGAGUAAUUUACCUUACCAUAAGCGACAGACAAACUAUACUAUUUUGGACAGUGUUAUGGGUGAAAUGGAGCAAUUAUUCUCUGGAAAGCAAACAAAUACACAGAGAAAAUUGUCGAGAAUACACAGCUUUGCCAGAGAAAAGGCUAUGCAAUGCAGAGAAGAAAAGGAAAAUAACGAAAAUAAUUGUGCAAAUGAUAGUAACCUUGAGAAGACCCCAGAAACAAGUGGUUUAGAUAAUAAGUCUACAGCUAGCGGUUUAGACAAUUACAGUAACGUUGAAACUAUUUCUUCCGUUUCUCAGCCUAAGAAUGAAAGACAGUCCGAGAGCUUUCAAGCAGCAUUUCGAGCAGUUGAAAAGCAUCUUAAACUAUUUUCUGGAACUGAAGAUUCUCAGAGCCUAAAGCCAAGUAAAAUAUCAAAUGGUAUAUCUGAAAAUAUCAUUAAAAAUGGAAAUAACAGUCAACCUGUUUGUCCGGAAAUAGAAGAGCGUCCAGCAGAUCCAUGCAACCCUAUUCACGGUAAAUCAGCGACAAAUAAUGAUGACAAAUUUAAAAAACACCAAAAUGCUUUUAAUCAAUUCAAUUCAAUUAAAAUAACUACUUCAACAAAAGAGUCAGUUGUACAAAAUGAUCACGUCAGUGAAGAUCAAAAUAACGAUAACAAUCAAUUUGUUGAUUGUGAAAAUCGUAGUGAUUCCAGUGUUACUGAUUCUCAACAAUUAUUAUCACAUCCAAGAACGUUAUUCCCUCGUCCACAAUGGUCGCCAAACCUUAGCUAUUACAUGUGGUCUUCUGUUCAGAACAAUAAAACAUCUUGUACUCGAUCCUACGAUAUUAUGAACAGAAGCAUUAGUAAUACAGAUGGAAUAAAUACAUAUCGAUUGAUGCCUGCCGGACAAAUUUCUCAAACCACAAGACAUUUCCCACGUUUAUCAACAGCUGAAAUUCCAUGUGAGCGACCUAAAUCAGCCCCGGUGAAAAAUUGUAGAAAAAAAAUUAAUCUUGAUUGUAAAACUUAUUCUGUUCAUUAUCCUGGUUUAUUGGCUAAUGGAAAUAUGAAUAUAUGUUAA